CCAAAAACAAGCAAUAGCUCUUUGUAAUUCCAAACAUGGCUACAGAUUCGACUUUCCUGGCUCUCAUCAUACUGUUUCUGGUACGUAUUAAUUCAUUUUCCAAUGUCUUAAUAUGAUCUAUGUAUAUAUCUUUCUUACCUUUUUUCAUGUAAUUAAAUUAAAAUAUUAAAUGCAUCUAAUGACAUAAAUUUCCUCCUUGAAGGUAGCCCUUCAACUUUCAUAAAAGUACAUGUAAAUUUUUAUAAUAAAAUUGAGAACUAGAUACGAUUUUAACCUUCGUUUCUGUUUAUAACGGUUCCAAUUCUUUGCAUUUAGAUUUUUUUUUUUUAACACCCCUCAUUAGAACUUCUAACUUCGUCAUUGUAAGUUUUCUGACGACUGUGAUGCGGAUGAAUGUAGUUUAAUUUACAACUAGCACAUAUUAAUUGAGGGGAAAGAAUCUCUUUGAAAAUUCAAACCUGCAAAUCCUCAGAGAUGGUAAAACUCGAAAUGUUGUAGAUUUGAUUUUGUUUUGUUGACUUUCGUCUGUCUUAACAAAGUGUGAUUGUGGAAUAUUCUUGAAUCGUGCACUUUUUUUUUUCAUUUUGUAUUUCUUUGAUCAUACAACAACGUUAAUUAUGAUGAGUAUGCAUGCAUGCAGGUGAUGGCACGUAGCGGUCCCACAAGUAGUGCGAGGAAAGACAGAGCCGGAGAGUACUGGAGAAGCGUCGUCAAAGACCAGCCUCUGCCGGCGGCGAUUCAAUCCCUCCUUGUCGUCGAACCGAUGGAAGAAUCAACCGGAGCAGCAAUAGGACUCGCCGGCCAUCACAACGGAGCACGUGCUUGUGAUACCGAGACUACUUCCGCCGUCGUCAAUGACAAAAAAGGCCAUGUGAUGAAAUUCACGGAGGAGAUCGACCAGCAACCUCAGCUCACCAACUACGACAACGGUCUCGUGUCAAGCAAGUUUGAGAAAAGCAUCGAGUCGGAGCCUCAGCUUACGAACUACGACAACGGGCUCGUGUCAAGCAAGUUUGCGAGAAACAUCGAGUCGGAGCCUCAGCUUACGAACUACGACAACGGCCUCGUGUCAAGCAAGUUUGCAAGAAACAUCGAGUCGGAGCCUCAGCUUACGAACUACGACAACGGCCUCGUGUCCAGCAAGUUUGCGAGAAGCAUCGACUCGGAGCCUCAGCUUACGAACUACGACAACGGUCUUGUGUCAAGCAAGUUUGCGAGAAGCAUCGAGUCGGAGCCUCAGCUUACGAACUACGACAACGGGCUGGUGUCAAGCAAGUUUGCCAGAAGCAUCGAGUCGGAGCCUCAGCUUACAAACUACGACAACAGUCUCGUGUCAAGCAAGUUUGCGAGAAGCAUCAAGUCGGAGCCUCAGCUUACGAACUACCACAACGAGCUCGUGUCAGGCAAGUUUGCGAGAAGCAUCGAGUCGGAGCCUCAGCUUACGAACUACGACAACGGGCUGGUGUCAAGCAAGUUUGCCAGAAGCAUCGAGUCGGAGCCUCAGCUUACAAACUACGACAACAGUCUCGUGUCAAGCAAGUUUGCGAGAAGCAUCGAGUCGGAGCCUCAGCUUACGAACUACCACAACGAGCUCGUGUCAGGCAAGUUUGCGAGAAGCAUCGAGUCGGAGCCUCAGCUUACGAACUACGACAACGGUCUCGUGUCAAGCAAGUUUGCGCAGGAGUCGAUCGCCAUGGUCACAACAAUCUGAAGUUCGUGAAGCGAUCUUGAUCGAGACACACCAAGUCACAACUGCAAGCUUACACUGAUGGUAUUGGGCGUGGGCUUUUUUCUUAAUUUCUAGCUUUAUCUUCCAAGUCGUUCGAAUAAUCGAGACUGUCAGCUUACAAAUACCUUGUUUGUUGGCUGGUCUUGAAAGUUCUGGCGUGUAAUUUGUUCAAGGGUUUGCAUGCAUCUUCACUCCCAACUUUCUGAUGGGUCGCUAUGUACCGUACAUACUGGUAUCAUACAUCGCUUCCAAUUUCUCCUUGUGAUAUAGUUGAUUGAAGCGUACGUGAUUGCAAAGAAAAAACUGUAAUGGCA